AUGGACUGGGUCAGAUUGGCCCAGUAUCCAUUUUUCGAUCAUCGCAAGUCCCCGUCAGCCACACACUGCGACGAUAUCGCUCAGUCCAUAACUGGUGCCACGAAGAUCAUCCCAGUUGACAGUCUGAAUACCAUGACCUAUUCUGUCAUUUGCAACAACUGUUCAUCCCUUCCACUGGACCGUAUUGUGAUCUUUCGAGAGGAGGCCAUAGCUGGGCCUCUUGACUAUAUCGUCAAACUUGCAAAAGAGACUUUCGGUUCUUUGGCGCCUGAGCCAACAUACUAUGAUAAAGUGGAGGGCGCAGACCCUCCACUUACCCUGUAUACCACGCCUUGUCAGCCUGGUAUCUCGCUUCUCAGUGCUCUGCGCUGCGAGAUUGAGUUAUCCGGCCAACAAAAGGCGAAACAGACCAGUUUAAUUCGGGAUCUUGCAAGAUACUUUGCUCUCUCGUGGUCCAAAUGUCAGUCUAUGAAUCCUCCCGAACUACUCUAUAUCCGUCAAGCAGGCAUUCGCUACCAACUCCGCCAAUUCAAACAACUAGCGCCUACUGUCCUCCCAGCACAUACAAUCGAUGAUCUCAUUCAGAUUCUUCCUACCCUCUUCAGUAAUGAUUAUCCCGCGGUUUUGACAAAUGGGAAUCUCUCCCUAACCAAUAUCCGUGUCGACGAAACGACCUACGAAAUAACAAAUAUUGUCGACUGGUCUCUCACCAAAAUCCUACCCUUCGGUAUGGAUUUGGAUAUCCUGCUCUUGGUAACAGGAUAUAUGGGGCUGAGAAAAUGGAGGGAUUAUGAGUGCAAGAGGUUCAUGCUGGAUUGCUUUUGGGAUGAGUUUUGGGCAAGUGUAGAUCCCCAUGUUGAUCGGGUUAGGGGGAGGUUUCUGGCGGAGAAGGCAGCGAGGAUUGGUGCGCUUUUGAGAUAUGGCUUUACUAGACGGGAGGAUGGGAAUACGGAUAGUGUGGUUUCUGUUUCUGAUCGGGAUUGUAAACUGCUGAGGGCGUGGUUUGGACUUGCUGCAUAA